AUGCUCCUCCCGCUCCUCACAGCGGCAACUUUGCUCUUGCGACCUUCUCUCGCGGUUUUCGCAGAUGAGGCUUGGAGUGUCGACUAUCACUUCGCCCUCUUAGGUGAACCCCGGGAAUCGACCACUUUCUUUCACCAGCCCAACCCAGCUUUGAAAGCUUCUCUGAUAUACACUCUCUCCGAGGAAGGAGCAUUGGGUGCAGUGAACCCGAGGGACGGAUCAUUGGUCUGGAGACAGCCAUUACAGGAGAAUAGCUAUAGCCACAAUGCUUCUUUCUUGAGGACUGGUGAGGGUCGGGAUGUGGUUGUUAGUGGGAUUGGCAACGAGAUAGCUAGCUGGAGUGCCGACAAUGGACGAUUAGUGUGGAAUGUCCGGACAGAGGGGGAGCUUCGGGAUGUGGAAAUCCUAGAGUUGAGCAAUGGGAAGGAGACUGCUGGCGCAAAAGAUGCUGUGGCUCUUUCAGCAGGACCAAGACCUGCUGUGAGGCGCAUAGAUGGUGCGACGGGGGCGGUGAAGUGGGAGCAUAUGCUCGAUGGGUCAGAUGAGCCGUAUCAGGUCUCUGCAUCGAGCACGCAUAUCUAUGCUAUUCUGCUACACAAAACGAUGCUUGGCUACCUCAAGCUCCGCGUAGUCUCGCUGGACCCCGUGACGGGCACGAAGAUGGACGAGUACACCCUCAGCUCCGAAAACGAGCUGGCCACGGCUGAUACGAUCGUCUCUGUGGGUGCAAACUCGGCAUCGCCGAUUAUCGCCUGGACUGAUGCAGCUCACUCGACGCUGAAGGUCAAUGUCAUUGGCACGAAGAGCAUCGCCUCUUUCAACAUCGAAAAGCAUGGCGAGGAGACUGUCGAACGAGUGCGACUACAUGCACCAUACCAUGUCAACUCCCUAUCACAUUUCCUUGUCCACUACGAGACAGCAACCUCGCAUUGGGCAGAAGUCUACCACAUCGAUGCCAAGAAUGGCAAGGUGGCCAAAGCAUAUAGUCUGCCGAAGCUGCCAGGCAAAGGUGCUUUCUCGACCAGUACAUCGGAUGCGAAUGUCUACUUCACCAGAAUCACACGCGAUGAGCUGUCUACUCUAUCUUCCGCCUCGCAUGGUGUUCUCGGAAGAUGGCCGAUUGGUCCUCUCGGCGUAGCUGGUGGAGUCGGUGAGGUUAUUGAGCCUGUGCAUGCCGUCUCCGAGGUCUCUGUGAAAGGCGAUGCAGUGUCAGCGAUCAGGACAGUUUUUCUUCUGUCUACAGGCGACUGGGUUUUGCUGCGAGGCGGCAAUGCAAUCUGGAAUAGACCGGAGAUGCUUGCGAGCACGAUUGCGGCUACUUUUGCUGCACCUGCCAAGAUCGAAGCGCUAGCGGAGCAGUUGCAGGCAGAAGCUCACAGCAAUCCUGUCUCAGCUUACGCCCACCGACUGACGAGGCACCUCUCCGAGCUGCAAAGACUGCCAGCAUUUCUUGUCACGCUGCCACAGACAUUGGUGAAGGGACUACUGGGCACGAGUGAGGACGAUGUGGCUAGCGAUAGCUUUGGCUUCCAUCAGAUCAUCACUUGUGCCACUCGUAGUGGAAGAGUCUUGGCCCUCGAUGCUGGUAAGCCUGACAGAGUCCUCUGGAACAGACAAGUCGCAGAUCUUAAGCCCGAUCAAUCAUGGCAACCUCGUCUCUCCUCGCCGAAACCUGGCGUGGUCACCAUAAGUUCCAACGCGGCGACUGGUAUUCAAUACAAUAUCACAGACGGAGAACAGAUCAUUACGACCCUCCCAGAAGACGUCGAGGCAGACGCAGCCGCACCACGAGCCGUGCAGUACACCAUGACCAAUGGUGCUUUAGAAGCCAAAGUAGACUCAAACACAGCAUGGCACUUCGCACCGGCCCAAGGCGAGUAUAUCCACAGUCUCAUACCACGACCCGUCAAUGAUCCCGUGGCAUCCAUCGGUAAAGUCCUAGGCGACAGACGAGUGCUCUACAAAUACCUAGACCCAAACUUGGCACUGCUCGUGACUGUCAAGAACAGCAGCAGCAUUGCAAGCUUCUAUGUACUGAAUACAGUCUCCGGCGCAAUAAUUCACACUAACACCCACACCGGUAUCGACAUCACCGCCCCAAUCGCCUCGAUAGUCUCCGAGAACUGGUUCGCCUACACCUUCACAGUCGAAGCAGCCGACGACUCCCCAAAGGGCAACCAUCUCGUGAUGGGCGAGCUCUUCGAGUCACUCGUGCCCAACGAUCGGGGCCCCCUAACCGGAAAGUCCAACUACAGCAGUCUAGAAACCGGCACUGAGCCCUUCACCCUUACACAUACUUACCAGAUUCCUGAAACAAUUUCGAAGUUAUCAGUGACGAGGACAAGACAGGGUAUCACAUCUCGCCAACUACUUGCCGUACUCCCGGACUCCCACGCACUAGUGGGAAUACCCUACCCCAUGCUAGAUCCUCGACGGCCCGUAGCUCGGGACCCGACGAAAGAAGAGCAGAUGGAAGGGCUGGUGCGGUACUCGCCUGUUCUUGACUUUGAUCCGAAGUGGUACCUUUCGCACCAACGAGAGGUCGUCGGGAUCAAGGACGUCGUGACUAAUCCGGCACUGAUCGAAAGCACGAGUCUGGUGUUUGCGUACGGGCUGGACGUGUUCGGGACGAAAUUGAGCCCGAGUUUCAGUUUUGAUAUUUUGGGCAAGGACUUCAAUAAACUGCAGAUGUUGGCCACGGUUGCCGCGUUGGCUGUUCUGACUUUUGUUGUGGCGCCUUUGGUUACGAGGAAGCAAGUUGAUCAGAGGUGGAAGUUCAUGUGA